AGUUUAUCAUUUCCUUUAACUCGGAGGUUAGAUUUUUUGUAAGCGGAUUCGCGAAAUAUUGAAUCGUAUUUUUUUCUCAUAUCAGUUGAAUAUAUUUAUAUAAUCGUUAUGGGAAUUGAUGAUGAAGUAUCUGAAGAUGAAGAAGAAAUCCUCGUAUAUGUGGAAUUUGAAGAACUUACUGAUAGUAACGUGCUUAGCGAUAAAAAUUUGCAAUUGGACAUGAUCGGCAUAGAUACGGAACAUCCCAUAAUGCAAAUCAAUGGAAAGUUUUACGAGGGUACUUAUGAAGAUGAUUGCGGUACUUAUAUGUUUUUCACAAAAGAUGAUAAUCCUACCGUAAAUGAUCCUGUUUUCGACGUUGCACCGAAUUUGAAAUAUUUUGCUAAGACUAGGAAGUCAUUAAAAAUGCGAAGAGUUUUCAUAAAGCCUAGAACAGAGGUUCUUGGGGACUCUGAACAUAAUGAGUGUAUACCAAAUUUAGAUACACUUAAACAAGCAGGAAUUCCAUUUCAAUAUCAAGCAGAAGCACUUUCAUUCUGGAAGACUAUGAGAGAUAAUAGACUAAAAGCAUUGGAAUCAUAUUUAGAAAAACAGAGAAUUAGAGAACAAAAAAGAUCUGAAGGCAUAACAUUGGAGUCUGAAUCUGAUGAGGAUAAUCCAUUUGCUGUAUAUAAACAUAAGGAAUCGAUGGAUACAGAUUUAUUAGAGAAAGAAGGACAAAAUUAGAAAUCAAUGUAAAAUGAUUAGAAUAAUAAAUGCAUCACAAAUAUUGAGAAGAA